AUGAAUUGUUAAUUUUAGGAAUUUCUAAUUUUAAUUGAAAACUAAGAAUAAUUCAUUUUUUAUUUUCCAAAUGGAGCUAAUUGGAAAACUAGUUAAUAUUUUUAGGAUUAAACUUAUGAAUAAUUUGAUUCUAAAGUGACAACUUUUUUUUCAAUUAUAGGGAAUUAAAAAAACUAAAAAAACCUUGCAAAUAUGAAUAAAGAUUGUUAAAUUUCAUAAUCAAACCUUUUUUCUGUUCAAUUUAAUUAAAAUGAUUUUUCUCUAGCAAAUAUGAUGGAAUAUUUAUAAAGUACUGCUUUUAAACUUCAAAUUUCAUUGUCAAUCAUAAUAAUGCCCAAAUAAAUAAAAUAAUAUGGUAAUCAAAAUGACUAAUAGGCUAAAAUAAUAAUAAAACAAACAAAUAACAAAAAUAAGAUAUCAUUUAUUUUUGGACUCCAAAAUGAAAGAAAUUUUAUUUAAAACCCAACUCUCAACAAGUAACCAAUCAAACCUGGAAAUUAAUUAAAUAUUGAGAUAAUAAAUUUAUCAGAAAAUAAUAAAUAAUCGGGGCCUUUAUUGCCUAAUAAGAAUUUAAAUCCUGCUUAAUCAAAUCCAAUUAUCAAUAAUCAAUCCAAAUAAUAGUUACAUGCACCAAAUAUAAAUUAGAAUAAUAAUUUCACUGAUUAAGCCUCUUAAUAGAAUUAAUAAAUAAGUAAUUAAUAAAUUAAAUUAAAAUACCCCUAAUAGCACUAAUAAAUAGACUCUAAAUAAAUUAUAUUAAAAAACCCAUAAUAGCACUAAUAAAUAGACUCUAAAUAAAUUAUAUUAAAAAACCCAUAAUAGCACUAAUAAAUAGACUCUAAAUAAAUUAUAUUAAAAAACCCUUAAUAGCACUUAUAAAUAGACUCUAAAUAAAUUAUAUUAAAAAACCCAUAAUAGCACUAAUAAAUUGACUCUAAAUAAAUUAUAUUAAAAAACCCUUAAUAGCACUUAUAAAUAGACUCUAAAUAAAUUAUAUUAAAAAACCCAUAAUAGCACUAAUAAAUAGACUCUAAAUAAAUUAUAUUAAAAAACCCAUAAUAGCACUAAUAAAUAGACUCUAAAUAAAUUAUAUUAAAAAACCCAUAAUAGCACUAAUAAAUAGACUCUAAAUAAAUUAUAUUAAAAAACCCAUAAUAGCACUAAUAAAUAGACUCUAAAUAAAUUAUAUUAAAAAACCCAUAAUAGCACUAAUAAAUAGACUCUAAAUAAAUUAUAUUAAAAAACCCAUAAUAGCACUAAUAAAUAGACUCUAAAUAAAUUAUAUUAAAAAACCCAUAAUAGCACUAAUAAAUAGACUCUAAAUAAAUUAUAUUAAAAAACCCAUAAUAGCACUAAUAAAUAGACUCUAAAUAAAUUAUAUUAAAAAACCCAUAAUAGCACUAAUAAAUAGACUCUAAAUAAAUUAUAUUAAAAAACCCAUAAUAGCACUAAUAAAUAGACUCUAAAUAAAUUAUAUUAAAAAACCCAUAAUAGCACUAAUAAAUAGACUCUAAAUAAAUUAUAUUAAAAAACCCUUAAUAGCACUUAUAAAUAGACUCUAAAUAAAUUAUAUUAAAAAACCCAUAAUAGCACUAAUAAAUUGACUCUAAAUAAAUUAUAUUAAAAAACCCUUAAUAGCACUUAUAAAUAGACUCUAAAUAAAUUAUAUUAAAAAACCCAUUAGAGCACUAAGAAAUUGACUCUAAAUAAAUUAUAUUAAAAAACCAAUAAUAGCACUAAUAAUUUGACUCUAAAUAAAUUAUAUUAAAAAACCCUUAAUAACACUAAUAAAUAGACUCUAAAUAAAUUAUAUUAAAAAACCCAUAAUAGCACUAAUAAAUAAAUCCUAAAUAAAAUAUAGUUGAAAAUUGUAAAUUAAAUGUUCAAUAAUCGCCUUAAAAAAUAUCAAAAGAAAUUGAUGAAUCCUAAUCAGUUCUAAAAACAAUUUUGAUUGAAAAAAUAGAAAUUAAAUAAGAAAAAUCUAAUUAUAAUAUUUUUUCAAAAAAUGAACAUUAUAAAUAUGAGACAGCUACAUGUGAUAUUUGUUCCAACGAAUAUGAGAGAAUACCAGAAUAAUAAAUUUUUUUGCCAUGUUGCUAAAAACCAAUUCAUUAUAAAUGUUUUUAAGAAGAACUAUAAAAUCUUAAAGAGCCUUUAGUGAAUAAAAAAUGUUGUUUUUGCCAUAAAAAUUUUGAAACAAAUUUUAUAAAAGAAAAUGUUGAUCCCAAUAUUUUUAAAAUAAUGGUAGAAAAUUAAUUUAAUCUUUUAUGCAUUUCUGAAUGCAUUAGUUGUAAAGGUAAAAUUUCAAUUUUACCCGAAUAGAAGUAAAAAGUUUGUAAAAUAGAAUGUGAAAAUUGCAAAACAACGAUUUGUUCAUUUUGCAUGAAGAAUUUUCAUGGAUUUGAAAAAAUUGUAAUUUUUUAUUAUAUUAACAAAGUGUUAAAGCGUUAAAUAAGAAGUGCUUAAAAAUUUGGAAGGAUACCCAAUUAUAUUUUGUCCAUUUUGUGACUUUAUUCAAACUAAAGAUGAAGGAUGUAAUCAUGUAACCUGUAAUUAAUGCAAAAUGGAUCUUUGUUCUGUAUGUUCAGUUGAUAGAAGACCUAUUUUAUCACAUGGAAAUCAUUUUCAUCGUAUAGGAUGCUCAGAUCACAGAUAUAAAGAAGGAUAAGAAAAAAUGACUAAAGAAAGAAUUAGAGAUUGUUAACUUUGUAAAUAAAGCCCAGAUGCAUAUUGUCAUAUUCCAAUUGAUCUUAAGACUUAUAAAAAGGAAAAAGGAUUUUGA